AACCAGCUGCUAUUUUACAUGCGGUUUUCCUAAGAAGAAAUAUUUAAGGUUAAUCAUCUUAAGGCUGAGACACAUUCACAGAUGUUAAAACAAAUAUCAAAAACAAUAUAAAAUAGUGGGGGUCAAAAGAAACUUUCAAUAUUCUCUUUGAUAACGUAUAUAUGACCAUACAAUAGUUAUAUUGGUCAACUCAACUUCAUGAAAGAAAGUGUAACUCAAAAUACAUUAACCUAAACAUGAGUUUCAUUUUGAAAGAAAUUCUAAAACUGAUACAUUACAUUCUCUUUAAUUUAUAUGAUAAAAUUUUGUAUCCUCACCCUUUAUAUUCUUAGUAUCUGUGCAUAUCAAAAUCCAUCCUAGCUUUUAAGCAUAAACGAAAUAAAAAGGACAAGGAAAAAAAAAGAUUAACCAAUAAGAUGGGAAGCAAAGCUGUUGUCUCAGUCUACUUAAUUAUUUCACUGUGUGCUGCCAUCUUUGUCACUCGUGGAGUAGCUCAAAUGCAAAAUCCGCAGGCGAUUCCAGGACUUUUUCCACCUGGCUUAGUACCUAUUGAUCUCGUCAAAUGUUGGUCGUCUCUCUUUACCGUCCAAGGAUGUGUCCUGGCAAUAUCCAACUCAUUUUUUUCUGGAAAUUUUGAAAACAUUGAAGCGGCAUGCUGCAAGGUGUUUUCAACUUUAGAUGCAAACUGUUGGCCUCAUAUGUUUCCUUUGAAUCCUUUCUUCCCUCCUCUCCUCAAGGACAAUUGUGCGCGUAUCAUCCCUAACUCCCCUGCACACAACUGAAAGGAACAAUGAUUGUUCGUCUACAGUUUUAGACUAGUAUAUUAGCUUCAAUGUCUAAGUUUUUCAUGUGUGAACUCAAUUAUUAGGAGAGCCCUAUAUUUACCUUUUCCUCAAUAAAGUGAAAUUUUAGCAAUA